AUGGGGAGUCCUGGUGCUCUAUCAGAACCGCUUCAUUCUAACAUAAGGUGGUCUGAUGCAGCACAUGCAGCCGCUUGGAAACAUCAUGAACGAGGGAUUCAGCUGGGUUCCAGAUUCGAAUCACUCCUAAGUUGGUCCCACCUAUGGGUCGCUGUGCAGCAGAAGUGGAUGUAUUUGGAGGCCAUUUUUAUGGGCGGUGAUGUUGCGAAACAGCUGCCUAACGAAGCAAAGCGGUUUGAAACGAUCGAUAAAAUGUUCCGAAAAUUCGGAAGGCCACACGACAUUGCACAGUCGUUCAUGAACGAGCUACUGAUUAGAGGGCCCAUUGCUCCCGGAGAGGUCGAUGCCUUACGAAGGCUGAUAAGGAAAAUGGUGAACUUUGAUCUCACACUGAGGCAGAUGCAUUACAUGGCGAACUUGAACUGCUCAGCCAAUCUCAAACGUCUACCUCGGCGUUUGCAACAAAAGUGGGCUGAGGCGGCAGACGACAUACUGCUAUAUCCAUUGCUUCAAAUUACUAUGGUGCUAUCGCCAGCACAACAAGACAAAAUUAUGAAACAGACACAAGAGACCCAGUACGUGAUGAAAAGUUGUUUGGCCGAUCGCCGUCUGGAUUCGUUGCGCAUGAUGGCGAAUGAACUGGAACUGUGCCAAAAAGCGUUGAAUGACUAUCUGGACGCGAAACGAAACGCAUUCCCUCGUUUCUACUUCAUCUCAGACGACGAGGUAUUGAAUAUAUUGGGAGGAAAGGAGGCUGAGGCUAUACAAGAGCACAUAAUCAAGAUGUUCGAUAAUAUUGGAAAACUGAAGUUCUCCUAUUCGUCGCACUCUUCGGACAUGUUUGUCUCUGCUCUAAUCUCAUUUGAAGGAGAGACAAUGGAGUUCUUGAAGCCAGUCCUUGUAUUCGGAAAGGUAGAGGAAUGGCUCACUGCAAUGGAAGCUGAGAUGAGACGUACCAAUCAUUGGAUUACUAAACGAGCAGUGUUCUACUAUUGCUACCAGAAGUCACGCGUUGAUUGGAUGUUCGACUUUCAGGGUAUGGUUGUUAUUGCCGCAUCACAAAUCUGGUUUACUUGGGAAGUCGAGGACGUAUUCCGCAGUUUCAAACAAGGAAAUCGGAGUGCAAUGAAGGAGUAUGACAAGAAGUUGGAGGGACAGCUUAGUGAAAUGGUAUAUCGCAUUCGGACGGAACUGACACCGAACGAUAUGAAAAAACUGGAGACGGUACUUAUCCUGGAUGUGCACUGUAAGGAUAUAGUUGAGCGAUUCAUUCGUGACAGCAUAAUGUCACCGGAAGAAUUUGGUUGGGAAUCUCAGCUUCGCUUCUACUGGGUUCGAAAGUUGGACAGUUUGGUUAUUCGACAGUGCUCCGCCGAGUUCAGCUAUGGCAACGAAUAUUUUGGGCUGAAUGGGAGACUGGUUAUAACGCCAUUAACUGACCGAAUUUACUUGACUGUUACCCAGGCACUGUCUUUGUGUCUCGGUGGGGCACCUGCCGGACCAGCUGGGACUGGGAAAACGGAAACCAUCAAAGAUCUGGCGAAGGCUUUGGGACUUUUAUGUGUGGUAACCAACUGUGGAGAGAACAUGGAUUACAGGUCUUUCGCCAAGUUACUGUCUGGUCUGUGUCGAUCUGGAGCAUGGGGAUGUUUCGAUGAAUUCAAUCGCAUUGAGGUCUCCGUUUUGUCUGUGGUCUCAUCGCAGAUUAAAUCAAUUCAAAAUGCACUACAAACCAAAGCUGCCAUAUUCCAGUUCGAAGGAUCCGAGCUACCAUUGGAUCGUCGUGUGGGUAUUUUCAUCACAAUGAACCCGGGUUACGCCGGCCGCACGGAACUUCCGGAAUCAGUGAAGGCUCUAUUCCGCCCGGUAGUUGUUAUUGUGCCUGAUCUCGAGUACAUUUGUGAGAUCAUGCUUUUCUCACAGGGUUUUUUAACUGCCCGAGAUCUUGCUAAAAAAGUAACAGCGUUGUAUCGAUUGGCCAAGGAACAAUUGUCGCAACAACACCACUACGAUUUUGGUCUCCGUGCUCUGCGCUCACUUCUGGUUAUGGCCGGUGUGAUAAGACGAAAAAAUCCCAAUCUUCGUGAGGACCAACUUCUUAUGCGAGCGUUACGUGAUUCGAACAUUCCAAAACUAGUUCAUGAAGAUGUGCCAUUGUUUAUGGGUUUGAUCCAGGACUUGUUUCCUGGAAUUGAAUUUGAAGCGGCUCAAAUGAUCGCUGAACUGGUUGAGGCCUCACAUGCGGUACUGGAACAUUUGCAAUACACUAUCGUCGAAGAGCAAGUGGUGAAAAUUGUCCAGCUUCAUGAAACUCUACACUACCGACAUUCGGUGAUGGUUGUCGGUCCAACGUGUGGUGGAAAAUCCGUAGUUCUGGAAGUUUACGUUCGGGCUCUGAAACAACUAGGAACAAAUUCCAAAAUGUACACGAUCAACCCCAAAGAUCGGAGUGUAAAUGACCUCUACGGAUACUUGGAACCGACCAGUCGUGAAUGGAUUGAUGGAUUGCUAUCCUACCUUUUCCGAUUGAUCAACCAAUUUACGGACGCCGCGGAACGCCGAUUCCUCCUAUUCGACGGUGAUGUGGAUGCUUUGUGGAUUGAAAAUAUGAACUCGGUAAUGGAUGACAAUAAGUUACUUACGCUGGUCAAUGGAGAGCGCAUUCGGCUACAACCCUACUGUUCACUAUUGUUUGAGGUAGCUGACCUGCAAUACGCUUCCCCAGCGACGGUGUCCCGCUGUGGCAUGGUAUAUGUUGAUCCAACCAAUCUGGGUUACACACCUUACUGGCAAAGUUGGGUGGGUCCGCGUAACACACUUUCCUUUCCAAGCUUGUAUAUUACAUUAGACGCUGGUAAAGUAGUCCACAACCUUCAUGGAUUCUUGAGCAGAGUGAGUAUUGGUCGUCAGAUGACUGCAGUACCACAGAUCGGUGAGGAAAGAAAUAAGGGUCGGCAAGAAAGUGGUGGGAUGGGUAUCGGUGGUGGCGGUAUGGGUAUUGCUGGCAAGGAGUCCGGUGCAAGUUCUGGGACCUCCAAAUUGAAGCUGGUCUUACCUUUGGUCAAAAUGAACUUGAUUGUUCAGUUUUGUACGUUGUUACAAACUCAACUAGAGUUGGGAGGGCAUCCAGGAAUGGAGAAAACCGAAAUUGAGGUCACUCAAUGCCUUGAUAUUGAAAACGCUCAAGAAUCCGUCAAGUUUUCCAUGCUCGAGAAAGCGUUACCACCGCUGCAUCAUGGCUCUAUGUCGCCUUCGGUGCACGGUUCAACUCAGCAACAGAUGUAUCAACCAUCAAGUUCGCUUUAUGGUGCCACACCUUCUCUGUCACAAGCACUGUCCCAAGGGUUGAGCCAUGAUUCCAACAACGAAGUCACCAUUGAUAAUCCGGACGUGUUAGAAAGCGUGUUCUUGUUUUCUCUGUGUUGGGCCUUUUCCGGUGUGGUCUCUGCAGCAGACCAAAGAACGUUCGAUAACCUGAUCAAGAUAUUGUCUUCUUUGCCUCAAAUGGAUGAAGGCCCUGGGGAGCAACCAGCCAGACCGGGUACAAUACCCAUUCAUUAUCCUCUGCUGACCGACUAUAUGUUCAAUAACUGCACCUUCUACUGGGUACCCUGGAAGAGUAUGGUACCGAACUAUAUACACGAUACGAGCGUAUCAUUCACGAGCAUUUUGGUCCCCACGGUGGAAACUAUCAAACUGAAUUGGUUGGUGGAAGAACACCUAAAGCUUCGUCACCCGCUGGUUGUCAUCGGUGAGACAGGGACAUCGAAAACAGCAACUAUCGAAAGCACCUUGAAAUCGCUCGACCCGGACACAAACAGCCAACUGAUUUUGAACUUUUCCUCUCGAACCACUGGGAACGAUGUGCGACGAAUGUUGAAUGCCAACGUGGAGAAACGUGCCAAAGGAGUUUACGGUCCGAUUCCUGGAAAAAAACUGGUUGUCUUUAUUGACGAUAUGAAUAUGCCCAAAGAAGAUGAGUAUGGUACACAACAACCUAUUGCACUUCUCCGUGUCGUCAUCGGUCGUGGUGGCAUGUACCAACAAGGAAGUGAUUUGUCUUGGCGCUCUCUGAGAGAUAUGACUUAUACGGCAGCCAUUGGACCCACUGGUGGAGGGCGACAGAGCCUGGAUCCACGAUUCCUCUCCCUGUUCACAGUCUACCAUGCUCUCCAACCAUCCAGCGAAAGUUUGUUCAGUAUUUUCAGCAGUAUUCUUUCGAGUCAUCUGUCCAACGGAUUUUCAAGAAAGCUCCAUGCUUAUGUGGACAAAUUCACCCACUUGAGUCUUCUGGUCUAUCGGGAGAUCCGACGUGAAAUGUUGCCGACGCCGUUGAAGUUUCACUACACGUUCAAUAUGCGUGAACUAUCUCGACUGCUCCAAGGGUUACUCCAGUCUUCUUCCGAGCGGUUCAAAGGACCAAAGAAAUUCUUACGACUAUGGCGUCACGAAUGUUUGCGCGUGUUUCGUGACCGGAUGGUGGAUGAGACAGAUGUAGCUGCAAUUAACGUAGUAGACAAAUUUGUUUACCUGGGCAGCUGUAUCAGUCCCGGUGGUCUGGCGAACGAUGAAAUUACCAUCCGGAUUGGGAAGGCCAGAGCAGCUUUUGCGAACCUACGUCACCUGUGGCGUAGGCGUGACAUCAGCUUCUCUGUCAAGGGUCGAGUUUACAAUGCUGCGGAUAUUAUUCUCCAGCGCAUGAACGAAGCUUUCUCAGACGAGGUCAGUUAUGCAUCGAUGGAUCCCAUUUUGUUCGGUGACUAUUGGGCAGCGGCAAGUGAAGAAGAUGCUCGACUGUAUGAAGAUAUGCAAGACUAUGAAGUGUGCAAAGCGAUUGUGGAGGAAUUGUUGUUUGGUUAUCGUGAAACUGAAGGCAACAUGGACCUGGUGUUAUUCAACGACGCACUGGAACAUUUGGGGGCCAUCCACCGGAUUCUUCGCUUGGAUGGCGGUCAUGCUCUGCUGGUCGGUCUGAGUGGUUCCGGGAGAAGGUCUUUGGCCAAACUGGCGGCGUACAUUGCUGAAGUGAAAACUUUUGAGAUUCUGCUCCGGCGUGGCUAUUCGGAGAAUGAAUUUCGUGAGGACUUAAAGGCUCUGUAUACUACUAUGUCCACAGACAAAGAUGAUCACAUGUUUUUGCUACCGGAGGAACACAUUCAGAACGAAUCAUUCUUGGAGUUAAUCAACAACAUGCUAACCACGGGCUUUGUGAGUGCUCUGUUUGGGGAAGAGGAAAAGGACGAAAUACAACAGAACAUCUGGACAGAAGCAGAGGCACGAAUACGAGCGGAGGCUCAGGCGACAGGUGCGCUCACUGUGUUGGUUAACAAAGAGACUGUAUGGAACUAUUUCCGGGCAGAUUGUGCUUCUCGGCUUCAUAUAGUCUUGUGCAUGAACCCAGCUGGUGAUACACUUCGAACCAGAUGUCGAGAUUUUCCCGGGAUCGUGAAAUGCACAACCAUCGAUUGGUUUUUCCCAUGGCCAGAACAGGCUUUAUACGCUGUUGCCUGCAGUCUGAUCGAUCCGAAGUUUAGCCAGGUUCCAUCUCCAUACUGGGAAGCCGUCAUUACCAACGUGGUGAACAUCCACAGAUCCGUCCAGAAUGCGUCAGUGGAAUACAAACGUCAGCUUCGUCGGAUUAAUUAUGUGACCGCAACCAAUUACAUACUAUUUAUUACGGGUUUCCUCAAAUUGUUGGAAGACAAAACGAACGAGAACAUCGCGCAGCAAAAACGUCUUCAAGGUGGAUUGGAAAAGCUUCAUGAGACAGCCAUUCAAAUCGACGAACUCAAUGUUAAGUUGGCGGUGCAGAAAGUUGUGCUUGAGGAGAAAACCACUGCCAUCGAGGCGCUUAUUGAAGAGAUAAACGAAGCUACGAUCGUUGCGACCGCGAAGAAAACCCAAGCCCAGGAGAAAUCUGUUGAGCUAGGCAAGCAAGCCAAAGUGAUUGUGGCUGAAAAGAAAGAAGCUGAGGCUGCGCUCGCGGAGGCUUUACCAGCUGUGGAAGCCGCGCGUAACGCUUUGGAUGAAUUGGAAAAGAAUGAUGUAACUGAGAUUCGAGCUUUUGCCACACCACCAAAACCAGUUCAGAUGGUCGGUGAGGCGUUGUGUCACAUACUACAAGCUACCGAGAUCAGUUGGAAAGCAGCCCGUGGUCUGAUGGCGGACGCCAAUUUCAUCUCAAACCUUCAGCAGAUGGACGUGGAAGCUAUUCCAUUGAAAAAUAUUCAAAAUUUGAAAGAUUUGAUUGCAAAGCGUAAAAUGACAUAUGAUGAUGUUCGGUCGGCAAGCAAAGCUGGUGGAGGAUUUUACAAGUUUGUGUUGGCUGUCAUUACGUUCCACGAUGUUGCUCGCGAGGUUCGCCCAAAACGAGAACGUGUCAAAGCUUUGGAAAGAGACUAUAAUAGGGCAAGACGGGACUUGCAACGUCUGCAAGAAGAAGUGGUCCAAUUGGAGGAGACACUGUUUAACUUGCGGCGUCAAUUCAGUGCAGCGCAGACUGAAAUGGAGAAUUUGAAGAAGGAAAUGGACGUGAUGAGGCGACAACUGAUGGCUGCUCAAAAGCUGACGGAAGGGUUGGGUUCUGAGAAAGAACGAUGGAUUCGUGAAGUGGCCAAUCUGAAAAAGGAGCAGAAAAGUCUUCUGGGCGACAGCCUGAUCGCUUCAGCUUUUCUUUGUUACUUGGGUCCUUUCACAUCGGAGUUUCGUAGCCGUCUACUUUACAAAGAGUGGCUUGUUCCAAUGAUGCAGGACGAAUCUUCAAACGCAUCUACUGACUGUUUCAGAUGGAUUCGUGAAGUGGCCAAUCUGAAAAAGGAGCAGAAAAGUCUUCUGGGCGACAGCCUGAUCGCUUCAGCUUUUCUUUGUUACUUGGGUCCUUUCACAUCGGAGUUUCGUAGCCGUCUACUUUACAAAGAGUGGCUUGUUCCAAUGAUGCAGGACGAAGUAAAUGAAGUCUUAAUCGGAAUAUGGAAAAAAUCGUUCAGCUGUAACACCCUUUCGGUGCCCAUCUGCCAUACCAUCCGAAGGAAGCACGAGGGCUGGGAUACUUCCAGGUUGUCCAAGCGUAGACAGAGGAAGUCGAGUGCCAGAGGUGAGGUUCGAACCACGUACCUUCUGAUUCCAGUGACAGAAGAUCUCCAGGUGAACAAUAUACUGGCCACUGAGGUUGAAGUUGCACUGUGGAAUUCGCAAAGUCUGCCUUCUGAUGAGUUGAGUGUACAAAACGCCAUCCUGACCCUCAAAGGUCCAACUUGUCCGGUUUGCAUAGAUCCACAGGGUCAAGCCUCGAGGUGGAUCAAAGAGAUGGGAAGGAAUCCAAAAGAUGACUCCCGCUCAGCUAGGGUGACCACACAAAACGAUCCAAACUUCCUAAGAACCGUUGAAAAUUCGAUCAAGCAAGGCUUGGCCUGUAUAAUCGAAGGAGUGGAAGAGACGAUAGAUCCUGCUCUGAACAACAUUAUCGCUCGAAACAUUCGAGUGGACAAAGGCCGUGAGGUUGUGAUGUUGGGUGACCGUGAGGUGGAGUACGAUCCAAACUUCCGACUUUACCUGGUGACAAAAAUGUCCAAUCCACACUUCUCAACCACUCUGUAUAGCCGAGCUCUGAUCAUCAACUAUACAGUUACACUGACUGGCCUGGAGGGCCAACUGUUGAGUGCAUUGGUCAAACACGAGCACCGGGAAUUGGAGGAACGCCGAGAGGCUCUCAUUUUGGAAACUAGUGAGAACAAGCGCAUCCUGAAAGAGUUGGAGGACCGUCUACUCUUGGAAUUGGCAACACAGACGGGGAAUAUUCUCGACAACUGGGAACUAAUCGGUACUCUUGAAGACACAAAAAACAAGGCAGUGGACGUUGGAAGGCAGCUCGCCCAAGGAGCCAUUGUAUCGAAGGAUGUCGAGCGUCAACGAGACGCAUUUCGACCCGCAGCAAGGCGAGGUGCCAUCCUCUUUUUCGUCUUGGCCGAUCUGGCAAUGGUUGGUCCCAUGUAUCAGUUCUCCCUUUCCGCCUACUUGACCGUUUUCCUCAAAGCACUGAAGAAAGCCAUGCCACACAGUUCAUUACCAAAACGACUGAGCAAUAUCAAGAAUGCCUUGACCUACGCUACCUAUUGCUACGGUUGUAUGGGUAUUUUCGAGGAACACAAGAUGCUGCUCUCGUUUGAGCUCGCCUUACGUCUACAACAAGAUGAAAACAUGAUCCGCCUGAAAGAGCUGGCAUUUCUUGUCCGAGGCAACGUUGCUCUCAGCGAUCAUUUGCAUCCACCACCGCAUGCAUGGAUUCCGGAUACGUGGUUUGAAUCGAAGAACCCCGAGGUCCAACCCUAUCCAGGGCGCUACGCCAAACUUCGCCCGUUCCUUCGUCUAUGUCUGAUCCGUUGUUGGCGCAUGGAUCGUAUUCCCAUGGCGAUUGUUCAUUACGUUGUCAAAGUGUUGGGCAGACAGUACGUAGAUCCACCGAUCACAAACCUGGCUGACGUUUUGGCCUCCACAAGCCCUACCACACCCAUCGUCUUGAUUGUGCAGCCGGGUUCAGAUCCACAAACACAGCUAGCAAAUCUGGCACAGCAGUUAGAGUUUGGACACACACGGAUAAAGUACCUUUCAAUGGGUCAAGGUCAGGAGCCUCAUGCAGAAAACCUGUUUGUUCAGUGUGCAGCGCGAGGUAAUUGGCUGUUGCUGCAGAACUGUCACCUAUUGAUCCGUUUUGUUCCCACAUUGGAGAAACUGUUGGACGAUCUAACCAAGCCACAUCCGGACUUUCGACUUUGGAUGACAACCGAAAUGGUCAACAACUUCCCUAUUGGCAUGCUACAACGUUCGUACAAAGUUGUCAUGGAACCACCCAGUGGAUUAAAACAAAACCUGGCCGCUGGUGUAAGCAAACUAUCCCACGAGCAGUUUGUCAGCUGCGCCCAUCCAAACUACAGACCAUGUUUGUUCACGUUGAUUUUUUUACACGCAGUGUUGCAAGAACGACGUCGUUACGGAAAGUUGGGUUGGAAUGUUAGCUACGACUUUGCUGAUUCUGAUUUCCAAGUAUCGCUACGUAUUUUGCAAAUCUCGCUGGCCAAAUCAGAAGAGACGAAGACAGAAAUUUCAUGGGACACCAUCAAAUAUUUGAUUGGUGAAGUCAUGUAUGGCGGGCGUACAAUUGACAGCUAUGACCGACGCAUCCUCACCACCUACAUGGAUGAGUACUUUGGGGAUUUCUUGUUUGACACUUUUCAACCGUUCCGAUUCUAUCAAGAUGACCGUGUGGAGUACUUCAUUCCGGAGGAACCACCUGGUUUCGGCAACUACAAGGAUCUUUACGCAGAAUACGUAGCCCACCUCCCGAGUGCACACAAGCCGGAAGUUCUGGGUCUACAUCCAAAUGCUGCCAUUGGCUAUUCGGUCAGAUUUGCUCGUAAUAUGUGGACAAACCUGUUAAUGCUACACUCAGAAACCGAAGUUGUUGGUGGAGUCCCCAGUGCCCAACGUCUGAGUCAAGUUGCCGCGUCAGCUUUUCCAAACGGCAGUGAAUUUGGCAACGAAAAGCGCUUGUCAUUUAUUGCACCAUUGCCUGGCCAUCGUACUAGUAUACGGGUGGAACUUGAGGCCAUGGAUAGUGCGGAUCAGGAGGGGAAUAGUCAAGAAUCAGGCACUCUUUCAAGCGAUUCGGAUCGGGAUGCGGGACAAGCUGAACAGAAAGAGUUAGAUGGCGAGGAGGAUAACAAUCUACCAGCGCCGGAAGACCCAGAAGGCUUACAGCAACGUCGUCGAGCCGCCUCGGUCUCUGUAUCAACGAAAUCGCGUUCGUCAGCUGUCUCAUUCAAUGAUUUUACGGCGGUUCAGGUUGCGGCACCGCCUGCUUCCAGUAGAGAGGCGACGAUUCGUCGCUUGUCUGAUAGCAUACUUUCACGUCUUCCUCCACUGUUCGAUGCAGAGGGAUUGAAAAGAAAACACAUGGGAACGGAAAUUUCUCCGACAAUCAUUGUCCUAAUACAGGAACUGGAUAGAUUCAAUUUAAUUCUGGCCAAAAUUCUAAGUUCACUGAAUGAGUUGAAGCAAGCAUUCGAUGGAAAGAUUGGGAUGUCAGAAGAGCUUGAUGACAUCGCUCGUCAUCUGGCCAACGGACUCAUUCCAGCCAGUUGGCGCCGACUAGUUCCCCAAACCGAGAAAUCUCUGCCAGAUUGGAUUCAACACCUAUUGCGACGUGCAGAUCAGUAUAAAAAAUGGAUGACCACUGGAAAAAGUGAACCCGCUGUGAUGUGGCUGAGUGGUUUGCAUCUUCCUCAAUCCUACUUGACCGCACUAAUUCAGAAGGCAUGCCGAAAGCACGGCUGGGCUUUGGACAAGUGUGCUCUCCAGACUACGGUCACGGACAUUGUGCCAGAGGACGUUCAUACCGUCUUGAUGGCUCCGGAAUUGGGCUGCCACGUGAACGGACUCUAUAUUGAGGGGUGUGCUUGGAGCGUCGAAGAGGGCUGCUUGGUACGUCAGACACCUCGUGAACUACUCCAAGAAUUGCCCAUCGUCAAACUGACCCCAAUUGAGAAGCAUCGUCUGAAGCUAACCAGUACCGUGCCUGUGCCAGUCUACGUGACCAGUCAACGCCGAAAUGCCAUGGGCGAAGGAUUUGUGACCGCAUUAGACAUGCCAACACACGAACAUCCGUCACAUUGGAUUCUCCAAGGUGUCGCUAUUCUACUGAACACAGACUAGACACGCACCGGCUGGGCUAAAAGUUUACUGUCGAACUGCUUUCAGUCUUUAUGCGUUUCUCCUUAGUCAGCUAUUGGUCAAUGAGUAGUCUGCCUUGCGCGCCCAAAAGAACGCUCGCAGCCGAGUGUUAAUCCAGUGCAAGCAUGAUGUCAUUCCCCACAUGUUAG